AUGAGAUUGGACGCCGGUGAGAGGUUUCAGAUCAUCACGGAGGUGACGAACCCGUCCCUGCUUGCCAUGCAAGCAGCAGCAGGGAAAGACUUCCCGGACCAAUUCCACAAGCAGGUUUCUGGGGCAAUGAUGCGGCAAGGCGCUGCAGAAGGUGUCGGCGACUUCCACACCUGGGCUGAUUUUGCGAUCCCACAGAUGCAGGAAAAGAACAGCUACAUGCUGCAGGGCAACUUCAAGUCCCUGGGCUUCGGCUCUGGCUGCCAAAGCCAGGGGAAUGCGCCCGUGAAGGACAUGAAGGCGAUGUCGCUCCGCCAAUGCUCAGCAGCUUGCCAGAUGGAUCGAGGAUGCCAUGGCUUUCAGUUCCACCACACCUGGCAGACCUGUCUCUUGUGGAGAGGGAGUAUCUGCAAAGCCCAGGACGCGGGUUCGGAAGAGCCCCAGCCCACCUACAACUACCGAGGCCAACGACAAUUUUUUAGAUACAUGAACGGCCUUGAUACUAUACCACAUGAUGAGAGUUCCGUCCAGUUGACCGAAUCAGUACAAUUCCAAUCUGGCCCGACCAUUGCGAUUGUGUGGAUUGCGCCUCAACACAUUGGCACCCAUAUUGUCUCACCCGUAUUUCCAGGAUCGCAGAUGAAGUCUGCAUUUUGGUCACACGUCAUCACUCGCACGACGCAGCCUGCUCGGAGCUGCGACGUGUGGCAAUGGACGUUGAGACAAGGAAGCUGCAGGAGGCUGCGACAAGGUUCAGGCCCGCAUUUUACAUAUAGUGAAGGUAAUUUAAAGAGCAUGGCUGCUCGCUUCGUCCAUGUUCAUUGA